CAGAAAUAGAAAUGCGGUAGGAUUUGGGAACGUGUCAUUCCCGCAAGGAGUGAAAGAGAAAGGUUGAGACGGACGCGGUGUGCGCUUUACCUUUCCUGUGAAUGCCCUCCCAAACUAUUCUUAGCUUCCAACUUCACUCGACAGCUUUCCCGGCGCUCGAUCCUCGUUUCUUGUUUUUCCGGCCACGCUGGUGGCAGAAUGAGCGAUUUUUGGGCAUGGCUGCUCUUCUUCUUCAUGCUCGUUUCUAUUGUUGUCAUGGUCAUUUACCAGCUUAUGUGCCUGGCCGAUCUAGAAUUUGACUAUAUCAAUCCUUUUGACUCUGCCUCUAGGAUAAACAAAGUUAUCCUCCCAGAGUUCAUCACACAUGGAAUUUUAUGUUUCCUUUAUCUUGUCACCGGCCACUGGUUUGCCGCACUUCUCUGCGUUCCAUAUUCAUACUACAACGUGACGCUGUACCUAGGAAGACAACAUUUGAUAGAUGUAACAGAGAUUUUCAACAAACUAAAUUGUGAGAAGAAACGGAGGCUUUGGAAGCUUGCUUAUCUUGUUAUCAUGCUCUUCAUAUCCUUAUUCAUGGUAAUAUACAACGCUUUAGAAGAUGAUGAGGACUAGCUGUAGAGUUUUAUUGUCUCAGUGCAGUUAACAUGUCAAGACUGUUGUUUUGACUGUAAGAGUUCAUGGGUUCAUCCAUUAUUUUAUUGAACCUAUUUAUUCCAUCAUUGAAACAGGAAGUUCUUGUAAGAGUACAUGUUUGGCUUUAGAAGAUGAUGAAGAGGGUGAAGAUCAUCCCGAACAGUAGAUUAGACAUUAUCUGUAUUUCCUUUCCUUUGAAUCAGUAGUUUUUGUACUUUCCGGCCAGUAGAGCCGAUGAAUAUACAAUUUUUGCCUGCUCAUCUCGUCUUUGUGACUUUU